AUGGAUCGAUCACCAUCCAACAGGGAGUCCCUUCAGCCUACCUCACUUGGUCAUUCCCGCUCAUUCUCAGAGGAGUCAUGGGAUCCCGUGCGCGCCUACACGUCGUCACUAGGUCCUCCGGCUUGUCGGAACCUUUUGAUCUCACCGAAACUAAGCGUCACAAAUAUCUCAGACGCUGGUGAUCAGCAGCAAUUGCGUGAAGAACGCAAUCUUUCGCCUCCAGAAGUCUCAUUCGACGAGGACCUAGCGCAGUCAUUAGCCUCGUUGCCACCCCUAGGCGAUAGGUAUGAGCUACAACAGGAGAUCAUGGAUGCGCGUCUGAGUACACGAGACAACGAGGGCCAGAUCGAGACAUUCAUUCCCAAGGCCAAAUUACAUCUACCCCUCGUGAAACAUGACGAAACCGGGGAACUGUAUCGCAAAGGCGAUCAAAUCUGUGUUCCUCGUGGUUGCUUCAAGGGGUGGUCACCCUUGAAGCUUGAGAACUUCCAACGCUAUCAGUGGUGGCUACUUGCGACAUACUUUUCGCCACCCGACGACGACGGAGUAGUAAAGAACUACAAACUCCAAGACCAGCACAUCCUCCCUUUCCUCACCCCGGGCAAUGCCUUGAGUCAGUCUAUUGACAAGACUGGUGGCUACGGGAGAGUAAUCAUGGUGAAGAUACCCUCCGAUCACCACAAUUUCAGUGACACGCGGCUUUGCGAGCGCGGUUUCGCCGUCAAACAACAAGUUCACGACGAAAAUCGCGACGCUUACAAGAGAGAGAUAGAGAUACUAAUGAAGUUCAGUGGCGGGCGAAGUCAUCCACACAUAGUCUCCUUGCUUGCAACGUAUGAACAGUUCAACAGAUUCAAUCUGAUCUUCUACCGCGCGGAAGGCGAUCUAUUCGACUAUUGGAAGAAGCUCAAACCAUACCCGGUCCUCCAUCACAACAAUGUCAACUGGUUUGCCAAGCAGUGUAGCGGGCUUGUCGAGGGUUUGUCGAAACUUCACAAGCUACUUUCGUUCACCAAACCUCAGCUCAAGAUCGAGGAAGAGCAAUCAGAAUACUCAUACGUGGAGAAGGACCCUGAACUUCCUGGGAUACGGGCCAAGGUCAAUCCGAGAGUCACUGCCUCCAAGGUCAGAAGCUCCAGCAGUACAACCGAUCGCAUCAAGAAGGAGACGCUUGAGCCGUAUACCCAGACUCAAGUCUCCUUUGGUCGCAUAACCUCGAAUGGAUUGAUUGAGACCAUCGUUGUGCUGGGCCGGUCGAUGAGCAAGGAGCAGGCUAUGAGCCGCAUUUUCGAAUGA